UGAGCAUCAACGGAACAAAAUGGCAGAAUCAGCUCCAGCUCAAGCCGCCGCGCCGGCCAAAGCAGCAGCCAAGAAGAAGGUGGUGUCCAAGCCGAAGAAGGUUGGUCCCAGCGUGGUGGAGCUCAUCGUCGAAGCUGUGGCCGCUUCCAAGGAGCGGAGCGGCGUGUCUGCUGCCGCCGUCAAGAAGGCUCUGACCGCCGGAGGAUACGAUGUGGACAAGAACAAGUCCCGGGUCAAGACCGCCAUCAAGAACCUGGUGACCAAGGGGACGCUGGUCCAGACCAAGGGGACCGGGGCCUCCGGCUCCUUCAAGAUCAGCAAGCAGGAGAAAGUCGCUCCCGCAGCCAAGAAGCCCGCAGCGAAGAAACCCGCAGCUGCCAAGAAGCCCAAAGCAGCGGCAGCCAAGAAACCUGUAGCCGCAAAGAAGUCCCCGAAGAAGGCUAAGAAGCCCGCAGCGGCCAAGAAGCCCGCAGUGGCCAAGAGCCCAAAGAAGGCCGCAAAGAGCCCCCAAAAGCCCACCAAGAGCCCCACCAAGGUGGCGAGGAAGGCCCCCACAGCCAGGAAGACCCCCGUCAAGAAGGCUGUGAAGCCCAAAGCCAAGAAAGCAGCACCCAAGAAGAAGUGAGCUGCUCUCAGGCUAGAAAACAACGCUCCUAUAAAAGGCUCUUUUAAGAGCCACCCACACCGUCUUUAAGAGCUUUUUCUUCUCAUUUUAUUGUAUAUGUUAUAAUCAUGAGUCCCGUUCAUUUAUAUAGAUAGACAAGAUAUAUUUAUUUGCAACAUAAUGGAAUAAAUAUGCCUGAACACAUACAGCUCAUACUAGCACUUCAUUAGUUUUCCAGUUCCACAACAAGCCUUUCUAUAUCCAGCACAUUAGGGACAUUUGACAAAGUAAUAUGGCUCAUGAUAAUAUCCUGAGACCCAGCCCAUCCAUGUGUGUCCUCUGUGGUGGACGUCUUGGUUUUGCAUCUCUGACUUAUUUGAGGUAUCCCCUCAAGUCUUGCUGUACUCUCAAGAGGACAUCGGGGGCUUUCCUGUUGCACCACGUGGACGUGCGGUAUUAUCUAUAUUACAUAGUACAUUAGAGACAUUGGAGAAACUACAAUGGUUCAUGAUAAUAUAAUAAUUAUCAUUCCACCUCUACAUUCUCAGUUUAGAGAAACUGGAGACUGGAUCUGUGAAUCUGUCUCUAUCUGAUAAACCAGCUAGGGUGUACAAUGUCAGCUCGGCCCUGUGACCCUAACAUAGGAUAAGCAGUUUGGAUAAUGCAAUCAAAUGAAAAAAUAACUCCAGGACCAGGACUUGUUAAAAAGGUUGUCGGCGGCCUCCAUCACCUCCUCUUUUGUAUCUAACCACUAAUAUGAGCAACAUUUAUAUAGCUAUAUAAAUUCUAGAUAUCUUUACCUAUAUAUGUUCCUGCAUCAAUACACACAUGUCAGAUCACUAUCAUUUCUGAACAGUAUCACCAUCAUGAUUUUUGCUAUUUAAUAAAUGUAUC